CAAACAUUCCUCCCUCCCCCCCCUUUUCGUUGAAUCUGAAAUCAAUGAACCCUAGGCUAUCCCCCCCCUUCCCAUUGCCUCACUCACAUCUCCCUAAUGGCAUCUGAUCUGAGAGACUAAGACAGAUCUCUUGAGUGUUGAGAGUUGAGUGUCUGAGAUCAAAAACAAAUUCAUCAAUCGGCCUCAUCAGUCACUGCCGAAUGUCGUCGUCACUCUCCGCAGCGUUGUCACUCUCCGUGGCGGCGUCACUUCUCCCGGCCGUCACUGCUUCUCCCCCCACCUUGCCGUGUUCGUUGUUAUAUUGGUCGUUUGUGGGUUGUGCUUCUUCUGCUUCUACUUCGUUGCUUUUGCUUCUGUGGUUUGUGGGUGCCUCACAUCGCCGAACCUUCAUUAGACGAGGUCACUCUCUGCGGCGUCGUUACUUCUCCCGGCCGUCACUGCUUCUCCCCCACCUCGCCGUCAGAAAGCUCAGCAACAAUUCAUCUUCUACCUCAGUGCUUCUGCUCCCUCAGAGAUUAUGAGUAGACGCUGGAAUCAAACAAUUUUAUAUUAUUUCAACAAUUGAACCUCAAAAGCGCUGCUAAUUCGCAGUGUUGUUCUGUUAUCCAAAUUUGGUAGUAGGUUUUAGGUUUAUGUGUUUAAAAUAAUAAUGCUGAAUGUUUGAUACACACAUUCAUAAUUCACUAAGAAGGUGUAUAUAACGCAAAUGCUGAAUGUAGUAGCAUAUAGUUGCUUUAAUGUUAUGUUCUUUGUAUUCCUUAGAUACCGUUUGUUAUCGGGAAAGAC